AUGCCGUCCGCGAUUGGUAUAGUGACAUUGGCCCACGCAGCGACGUACUAUGGCGAACUCGACGCAGAUGGCCGCCCGCACGGCACUGGUUGCUUGUACUUUUCUGCCGGCGGCUACUACGCCGGGAGUUUCGUCGGCGGGCGCAAACACGGCCCUGGCGUCUACGGCUUUCCAGACGGCUCGCGGUAUGAAGGCGACUUUGUCGACGAUGAGCGCGACGGCUACGGUGUGCACUCGGUGCCGAUCGGCGACCGCUACCGGGGUCAGUGGCGAGCGUCGACGCAGGAUGGCGUCGGCGAGGUCCUCGAGCGGUCGGGGCGGUUGCGCCGCGGUAUCUUUCAAUCCAAUGCCUUUGAGGUUCCGCUCGAGCACUCGGACGAUGUUGUCGCGCACUUGGUAAAAGCGACGGAAGCGCAGCAGUGCGCGUUCAUCGCCGAGCGCAGCGCCCGCGCGUCCGAACAAACUGCCCAUUUCCAAGCCUCCAUGACCAUCGAUGGCUGCUACAUCCAGACGGACGCCGACUUGGACGCAUACGAAGCCGAGGCCCAUGCACGGCAAGAGUCGUCGAGUGCGGCGUGGCUGCGCGACUUUCGGUCACUCGAGGCCGAGACACAGGAAGGCAAGACCGAAGAAGCGACGCUGGGCGAGACGCAAAAGCAGCUCUACUUGACGAUCCAAGCCCGCCGCAAGGAGCUCGCGCGUCUGAGCAUGUUUUGGGACGUUGUCCAAGACAAAGAAAAACACCUGGCCGAGGCAAGUCGCGUCUUGAAAGCUGUGGAAUGCGAGAUAGCGGCCGAGAUGGCGUGGGCCAACAAGGCUCAACCUUCAGCGCGCAUCACAUCUCCACGGCGAUCGACGAGCCCCUCGAACCAAAUGUUAUGA